UGAAUGGGGAGGAGGGCUGAUCGGUGAGACGAGUGUAUAAAAGCCGAGCGAAGGGAAGCCGUUGGUGUGAGAAUCAACAGAUCUGCACAUCUACAGAUAGCUGGAGAGCUAUAUUACCUUGACGCAGAUCUCAAAAAGGGGGAACUCCAAAGUAUUUACAUUUCUUUUUUGGACGAACGCCUUCACGGACUUAACUGUCGGAUCGAUUUUUGCUCUUUCUUGUGUUUGCAAUACCCCUUUAUCAAUAACCUGCUCGGACUGACAGCCAUUGGAAAGCCAUUCACGGAAAGAUGCUUAACAACAUGGAUCUGAACUCUCAAGAUUCCUUUUACUCCCAGUUUGAAAACUGUAACAGUUCUGCGAUAGGGAUGGAAACUCACGGCUCCAAAGACAGCCAGAAUGUUUUCAUGGAUUCUAGAAGGACAGCACCUGCCCAGUUUGCACACGGGGCGCCUAUUACCCCCAAAACGGAGCCCACGAGUACAGAUCAGUAUAACUCUUGUCAGGGUCCUAAAGAAAGCUACGCAACCUCCCUAGCUUACUCAGGCAGCUUCUAUGUGGAAACAUCUCAAGGAACACCUUGCAGCACGGAAACACUGCUCAAUAUGAUCACCGAAAUCGUUGGCAUCUCAACUACCCCUGUGUCGGAUGCGCAUCAGUGUGCAGACGGAACGAUGAACGCAAGCCGUAGCAGCUUCGGCGACGAGGGGGUCCAGACGCAGGCUUCCACCUGCACCACCCCUCCGCUGUAUUCCCCGGGACAGCCAGGCCACAGCUACCCGGAAUCCCAGACCGCCAUGCAGGCCCAAGACUCCGCUGUGGCGCAUUUAAACUUUGCCUCCUCUGCGCAAGACGCGGAGCCGCUGUCUGAGAGCGCGACGUUCCCGGUGGUCAUCAAAAAUGAAUUCGAGAGCAGCUGCUACGAGUGGGGGACAUUCAAUAAAUCGUACUUGGAUGCAGGCUUCCAGUCAGAGCCGUUCUCCAUGUCGAAUAGUUUUCAAGCUGAUCAACAACAGGUGGACGUGAAAGAACUUUUGGACUCUUAUUCUCCCAUUUGCACAAACCCAGAGAUUGAAUUCAAAGUGGAGAGUACCCUUAAACAGGAGCAGUGUUUUGGAGAUACUUGCACACAGGGCUUCAGCGCUCCCAUGUUUAACUACUCCACUCCAGUUAUGGAUAUCCCACCCACCAAUCUUUUAAAACCGACCAUUUUUCCAAAUAUUGAACUCCAGUCGAGUUGCGACACAACCUACUCGACUUCCACAAUAGACUCGGUACUGUAUUCAUCAUUAUUGCCGGAGUCUUUCAGUCAAACUUACACACGGGCUCAGAAGCCUAGUCGUGUAAGAAAGAGCCCCGCUUCCUCUACAGGACCGGCCAAGGAGAAACCCUUCACGUGUCCGAUGGAGACCUGCGACCGGCGCUUCUCGCGGUCGGAUGAGCUCAACAGGCACAUCCGUAUCCACACGGGACACAAACCUUUCCAGUGCCGCAUCUGUUUGCGGAGCUUCAGCAGAAGCGACCAUCUUACCACGCACACCCGCACUCACACCGGCGAGAAACCCUUUUCCUGCGACGUGUGCGGCAAACGCUUUGCCAGGAGUGACGAAAGGAAACGGCACGGUCGGGUGCAUCUCAAGCAGAAAGAAAAGAUGGAGUUGAAGCCACAAGCAGUCAACGCGUGGCCGUUCACUCUGCCCGAGGCCAUUUAAGCGACAAUUGUGGAAGGCGUAAUGAGCGCUCGUUGUGCGUGAUGUCAAAUCUUACCGUCUUGGAAGAUUCAAGCUUACUAAAACAGUUGCUUAGGCUACAGAUUACAACUUCAAAGCUCAAGUGAACGUCGUGGCAACUGAUUCAAGCGACCCGCAUGAGCGUAAAGGUCCACUGAGGUGACAUAUCCCUUUUUCGCGAAAUAGGGAAUAGAUCGAAAUUUAAAACUGGACCUCCCACAUUGAACCUUGCGUGCAGCUUGGGGAGUGUGCAACAAGCGCAUAAACUUAAAUCGAGUGUUUUUUUUUGUAUUAUUUAUAAUUUGUCCUCGACCAUUAUAUUUCUUAAUCGAGGAGCGUGUUUUGCAGAACACAUGAACUGCAGUUCAGCACUUUCACUAUGGAACAGCUCCAACCUCGACCUUGCAUUGUAAUGCGGCAGUAAAACGCACAGCUGGAAUGUAUUGCACUUAUCUCCACUUUCGAACUUAAAAAUGGUUUUAAUUCGUGCUUUUGGUCUUUUCUAUUCUAACGCUGUCACCUGUUUAAGAAUUCUUUAAAAUUGCAUGUAAAUGUUUACGUGAUAUUAAUAAUCACUGAUAGAUGCUUCAUAGCACAAGUCAGAUUUACCUCGUUUUACAACAUGGUGGCAUUAUUGAUUCAUUUGUGCCAAGGUUUUUACAAUGUAUUUUCCCCUUUAUAUCUGUUUCAUUUUGUUGCUAUGCUCUAUUGAUUAGUAAUUGUGUUGUACAAUUAAACAAUCCAGUUCUACUGUUGUCAAAUUUACACAGCGAGUGGGAAGAAAUAAAUACAUUUAUAUGCCAAUGAUCAUUUGUAUUUUUCUAACAAGUGCUACUUUUUACAUUUUAUUUUGAACUGAAAGACUAUUUGUAUCUUUAUUUUCAAUGUGUCCCUUGUGUUAUGGAAAACACAGGGCAUGCAUAAGAUGUCUUGAAUUUCUUCAGUACAUAAUUUGAAUGUAUUCAUCCGUUUUAAUACCAUUGUCUGCCCUAGUUAUCUGCUAUUUGAUAACAGGUACUCUUGUUUUUUUUUUUUGUUUUUUUUA